UGUGCGAGAUUGUAUGUAUAUACAUAUACAUAUAAUUGCAAACAUCCAAAGCCUAUAUACGCGUAGACCGUUGUAGUGAAGGAAGCCCAUGAAUUUUGGCCUUAGGUGGACAAGAAACUCGGUGGCGAUAAUGGCGGAGCAAAUCAGUUCUUCAGCUGCUGCUGCGGCGGCGACGACCACGAAAACGCCAAAGAAGAAAUCGCUGUGGCCCUCUUUCCUCCGUUGGAUUCCUACCUCCACCUAUCACAUCAUCGCCGCCGAGACACGCCUUCUAUCUCUCGUCAAAACUCCAUACACCCAAGAACAGGUUAAUAUAGGCUCUGGCCCACCAGGAUCAAAAGUCAAGUGGUUUCGUUCUGUGAGUGACAAGCCGAGGUUUAUCAACACUGUUACUUUUGAAAGCAAAGAAGAUUCUCCCACUCUUGUAAUGAUUCAUGGUUAUGGUGCUUCUCAAGGGUUCUUCUUCCGAAAUUUUGAUGCUCUUGCCAAGCAUUUCAGGGUCAUUGCUAUCGAUCAGCUUGGAUGGGGUGGAUCAAGCAGGCCUGACUUCACAUGCAAAAGCACAGAAGAAACUGAGGCAUGGUUUAUUGAUUCUUUUGAGGAAUGGCGUAAAGCCAAAAACCUUAGCAACAUCAUUUUACUUGGACACUCUUUUGGGGGGUAUGUUGCAUCAAAAUAUGCUCUCAAGCAUCCUGAGCAUGUACGACAGUUGAUUUUAGUAGGACCUGCUGGGUUUUCACCAGAGUCAGAUGCCAAUUCUGAGCGGAUUACCCAGUUCAGGGAAUCAUGGAGAGGAGCUAUCUUGAAUCAUUUAUGGGAGUCUGACUUUACUCCUCAGAAGAUCAUCAGAGGUUUAGGCCCCUGGGGUCCAGAUCUGGUUCGCAGAUACACAAGUGCUAGAUUUGGUGCAUACUCAACUGGUGACAUUUUGACUGAAGAUGAGUCCAGAUUAUUGACAGAUUAUAUGUACCAUACCGUUGCUGCCAAAUCUAGUGGAGAGCUGUGUUUGAGACAUAUAUUUGCUUUUGGAGCAAUUGCCCGGAUGCCUCUUUUACACAGUGCAUCGGAUUGGAAAGUACCAACCACCUUCAUAUACGGUUUUGAAGAUUGGAUGAAUUACCAAGGGGCUCAAGAAGCUCGCAAGGACAUGAAAGUUCCAUGUGAAAUAAUAAGGGUUCCUAAGGCUGGUCACUUCGCAUUCAUAGACAAUCCAGCAGGUUUCCAUUCAGCUGUAUUAUAUGCUUGCCACAGGUUUCUAUCACCUGAACAGGGUAAUCCCUCCCUUCCUGAUGACCUGACAUCUGCCUAAAGAAGUGGUUGCAUUUUGUAACUUAGUUUUCUCAUGUAGAAAUAAAUUCUCAUUAUUCUCUUGUAGAGGACUCAUUAAUUUUAGGUCAAUCAUUCUUUCAAAUUUAUCCAUCUCCACAUGGUAAUUAUCUUAUGUAUACAUGUAAAUUAGAGAAGUGUACGGUUCUGUAUCACUUUGUACAGAACCCGGUAACAUUCUUUCAAUAUAAAUCAGAGCUAUCAUUUCGUCUA